UAAACAUUUCUAGUUACAUUUUGCAAACUUUAAAUUGUGUUUUUCUACUUCAAAUCAUUUUAUUUUAUUUCCUUUACCUUAACAUUGAUGUCUGUGGUUCUCAAACCAAACCACAGUUUAAAUUAGUAUUUGUAGUCCUGGCUGUAGAAAAACUUCUCAGUAAAUCUGGGAUUAUUUUUACCUGGUACAACAUGCUCCAGCUGAUGGACAGAGCUUGAUGCGUGUAAAUUAAUUUCCAACUGUGUUAAACCCCAUUUUAAAUUAUUUUAACACAUUAAACUCACAACAUUAUUUGAAAUUAUUUGCAUUGUUUUGAUUUAUUCGUCGUAUUUGUUCGAAACUGCAUUAAAAAUAAAAACUCUCUUGUAUCGUCAYGAGAGCAAAGCUGAUAGGGAACACAAUUUGAUACAACAGCAACAUUUCAGACACGGCUAAUAUAAAUAGAAGAAAGGUGUUUGUGUAGAUGCCUGAUCAAAAAAAAAUCUAAAAACGUCAACGCGUUAAAAAAAAAGCGUAUCUGGGGUGUGUCUUGUCCACACUGUACUAUCCAGAUCCUAAAUCAGAUCCAUGGAUCUUUCCAGUCUGACAGACGUGAGGUGAUCGGUUCUGCUCAGGUUCAGUUUAUCCAAAACGUUCAUUUUAACGUCACAGACAUGACCGAACUGGAUCAGAACAAGACUGAAAGUCUGUUUUUAGAGAAGAAAAUGGAGAUGAAAGCAUUCGGUGUCCAUCAGCAGGAGGAUGUGGUUCUGAACCGAUCAGAUGAUGUUCAGCAGCUGUCGGUGAUUAAAGAAGAGGCUCCUCCAGAGUGGAGCUCWAAUCCGGACCAGCAGCACCCAGAGCUCCUCCGCAUAAAGGAGGAAGAGGAGGAAGUCUGGAGCAGUCAGGAGGAAGAGGAGGCCGUUGCUCAUCAGGAGAAGUUUCCUCUGACUGUUAUUGUGAAGAAUGAAGAUGACGAGGAGGAGCACCGGUAUUUACAUUUCCAGAGCCAAACUGAAGGCAGCACACAGGAAGAACCUCCAUGCAGCAGCUCGAUUCAGCCAGUCAAAACAGAAACCGAUGAAGAGGACUGYGGAGGGCCAGAACCAGACUGGAACCACGAUCCAUCGUCUUACUUUCAGAUGAAUACUGAUGAAAAGGUUUCAGACUCCUCUGAGACGGAAGUCACUGAUGAAGAUGAUUUUGGGCAGGAACCUCUGUCAGAUUUUAGAGGUGAAAUUGACAAAGCCAAGUCGGACGUAAACAGCAGUGAGGGACGUGACGUUGCCAAGGCGAUCUUCAGCUGCUUCGAGUGUGAUAAACAAUAUUGUUACAAACAGUCCCUUCACCGCCACAUGAAAUGCCAUUCCUCCAGUUUGGAGAAAACAAAACGCGAGCAGGAAGACGACGAUUCUCGCACAGAAGGCAAGAAGAAGAAGAAGAACAAAACCUUCAUUUGUGAUGUCUGCGGACAAAAUUUUAACCAAAGGACAAAUCUUAGCACGCACAGGAGAAUCCACACCGGGGAGAGACCGUACAAAUGUGAUGAUUGCGGUAAAAGAUUCACGCAGCGGGGAAACUUACGAAACCACAAAAGGAUUCACACGGGAGAGAAACCGUUCAUCUGUGACUUCUGUGGUGACCGAUUCAGGAAUCAGGGGAUUCUGCAGGCACACAUGAAAGUCCACACAGGGGAAAGACCAUUUGUUUGUGACGUUUGUGGCAGGAAGUUUACCAGGAAGGUCCAUUUUCAUACACACAUGAGAGUCCACACAGGAGAGAGGCCGUUUGGUUGUGAGGUUUGUGGCAAAGAAUUCAGCCAUAAAACCCAUUUUCAGGAGCAYGUAAGAGUUCACACWGGAGAAAAACCUUUUUCCUGUGGUGCUUGCGGAAGAAAAUUCAGACUACAGUGUAAUUUAAAGAGACACACAAGGGUUCACACAGGAGAGAAGCCCUUUAGCUGUGACCAGUGUGGUAAAACGUUUAGUUGUAACUCACAUUGUAAAAGACACAUGAAGCUUCACACGGGGGAGAAACCCUUCGCUUGUGAUGUUUGUGAUGAAAGAUUUACAGGUCCGGGAAUUCUGAAGAGCCACAUGAGAGUCCACACCGGAGAGAAGCCGUUUGGUUGUGAUGUUUGCGGUAAAACCUUUACCAAGAACUCCGCUCUGAAAAGACACGCAGUCAUCCACACGGGGGAGAAACUGUUCUGCUGCGCUGUUUGUGGUGGAGGAUUCAUGCAGCAGGCGAACCUGAAGAGCCACAUGAAAACCCACACAGAGCAGCUGUAAAUAAAACAUCCAAAUAGUAACUUUUCAAAUUUGGAGCCUAUUUGUGUGUAGGGCUGCRACAAAUGAUUAUUUUUAUAGUCGACUAAUCACUGAUUAUUUUUUCGAUUA